AUGAAUAAAGAAUUAGCCGAAAAAAUUAUUGAAUAUUUAAAAAGACUGGAAGAAAAUGAAUUUUCUCAAAAAAUAACCAGCAAAAAAAAAAACCUAUUGCUAGCCAAAAAAAAGGAAUAUGAAAAAUUAGCAGCAAUUCAAAAAGAUUACCAAGAUUUAGUUCAGGAGGCAGACAAUAAGGAGGAACAAAACCUUUUUCAAACAGAAAUAACUAACCUCGAAAAACAAAAAGAACAGAUAAUUAAUGUUGUUAAAGAGGAAAUAAUUGCUGAGGAAGGAACCGAACAAGAUAUUGUUAUGGAAAUUCGUCCUGGAACUGGUGGCACUGAGGCCGGACUAUUCGCUCGCGACCUCUUUGCAAUGUACAAUAAUUUUGUCGAAAAGAAGGGGGAAGAAGUUUUUAAAUACCUAAAAAAUGAAGCCGGGGUUCACCGAGUUCAAAGAGUUCCGCGCACGGAAAGUCGGGGACGAAUUCACACCUCAACCGCUAGUGUAGUAGUUUUGCCGGAAGCCCAAGAUAUAGCCUUAAAUAUUCUUCCACAAGAUUUACGAAUUGAAACUUCUCGUUCGGGAGGAGCUGGUGGACAGCAUGUUAAUACUACUGAUUCAAAAGUACAAAUCACCCAUUUGCCCACUGGAAUUGUAGCCAUUUCCCAAGAUGGCCGAAGUCAACAUGAUAAUAAGGCCCGGGCUCUCUUUACUCUCAAAAGUCGUCUGUUAGAGAAAUUACAGUCUGAUAAAGAGAAAAAAACAGGGAAUUUGCGUUCUUCUAUGAUUGGUACCGCCGAAAGAUCCGAAAAAAUCCGUACUUAUAAUUAUCCUCAAAAUCGCAUUACCGAUCAUCGCUUGGGAAUUAGUUGGAAAAAACUCAACAUAAUUGUCAAAGGAGACCUUGAAGAAGUGUGCCAAAAACUUAUUGAUUAUGAAGUGGAGAAAAAGUUAGCCCAAUAA